AUGGACGAGCGGGUGAAGCUAUUCAUGGAGGUGACCAAUUUGUUGGAUGAGGAGGAGGCAGAAUCCAUUUUGAGGACCUGUCAGGGGAAUCUGGAGGAAGCGAUAUCGACGUACUUAAGGAAGGUUGACUCUGGGGCACUAGACGAGGACCCCCCCGGAAACGCAUCGACCAGGAACUGCGGGAAGAGCCACGUACGGACUAACGUACCGACGAACCAGCAGACGGAUAGAAAUGGAAUGUGCCAUGGGAACGAAGACAAAAUCGAGCGAGCCAAUCUGUUUUACGUAUUUAACCAACUGGGAUCGUUAGUAUGUCCCAUUGUUAAAAGUGUGUGCAACCUUCUGUCGGCUUGCCUCAAGCUGGUGAGCACGUACAUUGUAAACUCUCCAGAAAGCGACACAUUCGCGGCAUACUAUGAGGAGAGGUAUGGAAGGGGUCAUGUUAAUUUCUUCAAAGGGAGUCUAAGUGAAGCCAUCAAGGUGUCUAAGCAGGAAGAGAAGUUACUGCUCGUGUAUCUACACAUUGAAAAUAACGAUAGCUCCUAUUUCUGUGAAUCCAUUUUUAAGAAUGAGCAGAUAAAGUCUCUUUUUGACAACAAUUGUAUUCUGUUCGCACAAGACAUUACUAAGGGGGACAUAAGGGAGCUCAGCAAUGUGCUGAACGUUUUUGUCCUACCCCAGAUUAGCAUCCUCCAGACGAGUCAUGUCAGAGAGUAUGAGGAAUUGUCCAUAAUUUACGGCACCCCGUCAGCUAGCCACAUUAUGAACACGGUAGCUCACUGCAUUGAGCAAAUGGAUAAGAAGAAGGAAAACCAAGAUAAAAUAAACAAUAGAACCUACACCGAUCGACUGAUUCGAGAGGAACAGGACAGGGAAUAUCAGGAGGCUGUGAAGAAAGAUGAACUGAAAGUCAAGGAAAGGAAGAAAAAGGAAGAGGAGAAAAUGAGAAGGUUGCAUCUGAAGAAAGAUAUUAGAAUGAAGAGAAAGGAGAAGGCCAAUAAAUUUCCUUUGCCAAUUAAAGACAAUGAGAAGGUCACCAAAAUCUGCGUUAGGUUGCCGAAUGGGGUCAAAAUUCAAGAGAAAUUCAGCUUAAAUCAUACCUUAGAGAAUGUGUAUGAGUGGGCCGAGUGCUCUGAAUUUUUGCGACAGGACUCUGGCAGCGCAAAAGGAGAGAUCACCAUUCCGUUGAAGUUUGACUUGAUAUGCGGCCACACCAAGGCCGUGCUUCAGCGCGGUGGCAACGCGCUUAGGGAGUUCGACCUUUACCCCAACGCAGUGCUAAACAUGAAGUCGUUGGACUCGUCCGACGAGGAGUGA